AUGUCACGGAACCAGACGUCGAGUUGUCCCUGCGGCCCAAGCUCAGCUUGUGAUGCGGCAUGCUCCCGAACCACGGAGCCUGCUGUUCCAGCUGGACCGAUAGGUCCCCACCUGGUUGAAACACCAACUGAAAUGGGAAUUGGGUUUGAUACUGCACUGACCUGGACCACGUCUGGGACAUUCGUACAAUGGGAGCCCGCAGGUACGUUCCUUUCCUUUGAUCUUGAAAAACAAUUUGUCAUUGAUGACCCAUCAGGUAUCCGGACCACAAAGCCACCCAGAGACUUUCUCACUCACACAUGGAUACUUCGUUACGCUAACACUCUGAGGGAGUUUCGCUUUCUUGGGAACCAUGUCGAGCAACCCGUUUAUCCCUUCACCCUUCAUCACGAUUGUACCCCUGCUGAGCGAAGAAAGAUACACAAUGCCCCUCAGUAUCCAAAAAUUCCCCCUAUUCCCUCCCUCUACUGGUCGUCAAUCUCUCGUGUGCCUCUCGUGUUCUCACACAAUGCACUGUAUCGUCCAUUCAUUCGUCGCACUUCACUUGAUCCCCCACUUCCUGGUCCCUUGGUCGUCGAAAACCACCGUGGCGGAAAACGUCUUAGCAAUGAAUAUAUUCUCCAGGUCGAAGCGUUUGUACAGUCUCAGUUCGACCUAUUCUCGUGGUGGGAUGCGAUCCGGAACACAUUUUCGUUAGUGGAACAAUGCGUGCCAAUGCCUCGAACUCAGGAUGGGCUGACUGCAGAAUCCUUUCAAUGGAAGGAUAGGUUGAGGCGUAUGGGGGGGAAUAUUGAAGGGCUAGUCAACAACGUAGAUGAAGUGCUUACAUUUGCGUACGAGUUGGGUGGUGUUGGUCGAUGGUACUGUCAUUGUCACAUCGAGCGGCUCCUUCGUGAACACGAUGGUGAUUAUUUCUUGGGUGUGGACGACAAGCUGAUAGGUGUUGUGUUUGAACUCCCUUUCGCAGACGACUGCCCAUCGUUGAGGACAAGAAUGGAAAUGCUGUCCCGUCACGGUGUUCCUGUUUUCGGUGUUCAGGUCAUCGGGAGUGGGGGUAGUCUUCGGCAAGAUUUCGUGCCACGGUGUGGGACGGAUUUUAAAACUUACGCGAUGGCAGUUCAGUCUGCAUCCCUUCCAGCAGUACGGCCAAGGGGCAUCAUUUUCAAGCAGCUCAAGUUCACACCUGCUCACCCAAUACCCUGGAUCAUCAGGCCAACCCAUGGCUACCCUGGUUUACGGGACCCCUCAAUCACGAUGGAAUUGGCCCUUGCAGACGUACUUUAUCCUAGCCAUAAUCCGCUUUACACAGAAGGGGAACCGUGUCGGUUGAUUAAAUCUUUUUUCGGCCAUAACCUCUUUCCUGUCAUGCCUCCUCCAUCCCCUCUGCCGCGGCGUCCAUCCUCCCCUACACUUAAACCAGUGCGUACCUGGUGCGAUAGUGUUGGAGGCUCUAGCGACGACGAAUUUUAUCCUCAUUUCGAGCCUCCCCGUCAGGAACAUGAUGAGGACUCGUCCGAUUAUGAAGAAAGGGUGACUGUGGCGGCUCGAAAGUUUUCAGAUGAGCGGUGGAGUGUGGAUGCUGCCUGCCAACUCUUGCAAGAUGUGCGGGACGACGACAGAGAUGCCAUUGAAAGAUGCCAAGGGAUUUGGGAUCGAGGACAUGGGAAAAAGAAGAGGCAACUGUCGGCCCAUGAUUACCAUAUCGUCAGCAAUUGGCAUAAGUACAGACCUGAUCGAGAGUUUGCCAAACGCCCUCGAAAGAAGCCGAAAUUAUGGGAUCAUGAUGGACAUCGGGAUGAUGGUUGA